AUGCCCGGUGUACUGCGCAAGUUGGUCGUCGUCGCUGCGGUCGACGGCCUGAUUCUACACGCGAACGGUGGAUCGCGAUUCACCGGUGGCAGCAACAAUGAGGCCUCGUCCAUCCGCAUCGACUACAAGACGAACAAGAUCACCGCCCUGCCAGCCUCGGCCCCGGAAGCAUUCGAGGGACGUGAUGUGUUGGAGGCAUACGGUCUAGUUGGCCUCUUGUCAGUCGCGUCAUAUUCGUUCCUCGUCUCUGUCACCCAGCGCCAACAGGUCGCUCAAAUUCAAGGCCAUCCUGUAUACGCCGUGACCAAUGUCGCGAUCAUCCCCACGUCCUCCCAGGAAGACGCAACCCGCGCGAUCACGCAGGCCCGAAAAGAGGUGUCUCAGGGAGAUCCAAACCUUGAUCCCGAGUCUGAUGAAGAAGAUGUACCAGAUAAUAUUACAGACGGGGCACCAACAGAGAUUGGCAGUGCGCCGACAUCACCCAGCCGCGAGACCUUCCACGCGCGCGGCAUCAGCGUCAGCAGUAUAGCAGAGGACGUGAUCGGGAAACGUCUCCGAUUUGGACGAUUCGCAGCGAAUUGGCUCUCGCGCAAGAACCUGGGCUUGCCCAGGCCUGGCGCGCUGGAACCGGAAGUGCCUGAGUCGCCAUUCGAUGACACGCCUCGGAUGUCGACUGAUGGCUCGGAAGCUGGAGAUGCAGCUACCACUGUGGCAGUUGUACCGCAGGAGUUUGGAUCCCAGAGUGAUAUCAACCAGCCGGGGUCCGACCAAGCGGCUGAGCUGUUGCCAAAGUUGCUUCGAUAUACGAAACUGCUAUUAGCGUCGCAUAAUUUCUUCUUUGCAUAUGAUUAUGAUCUUACGCGGUCUUAUAAUGCACAGGGACCGUGGAGUGGACAUUUGCCUCUUCACAAGACCGUUGAUCCAUUGUAUUUCUGGAACAAACAUCUCAUGUCAGCAUUUAUAGAUAGCGAUGCUCAUGGCUUCGUCUUACCCUUGUUGCAAGGCUUUGUUGGCCAGCGAGAAUUUACAGUCGCUGUUCCUGAGAAGAAAGAAUCGGACGGAAGUCCUAAAGAAGAACUUGCCGAAGCUCGCAUCGUUGGCGAGAGCCAAGACGCAGAGGCUAUUGAGACAGAAUCUCCGAAGCAGAACUUCCUUUUGACUUUGAUUUCGAGGCGAUCUGUCAAGCGACCUGGCGUUCGUUACCUUCGGCGUGGCGUGGAUGACGAGGGCAAUACUGCCAACACCGUGGAAACGGAGCAGAUUCUCUCGGUGCCUGACUGGGACCCAUCGCAUAAUGCUUAUUCGUAUCUGCAGGUGCGAGGGUCAAUUCCGCUCUACUUUUCGCAGUCACCGUACGCGUUCAAGCCAAUUCCGGUAUUGCACCAUUCUGCAGAGACCAACCAGCUCGCUUUUGAAAGACACUUCCGAGAACUUAGCCGGAGGUACGGCAAGAUCCAGGCAGUGUCCUUGAUUGACAAGCAUGCCGGGGAAUUGAAAGUGGGCGAGCAAUAUGAGAGGUACGCCGAUGUUUUCAACAAAGCUGGUGGCAUCGAUGGUCAGCCGCUGCGUCUAGAAUGGUUCGAUUUCCACAAUGAGUGCCGCGGUAUGAAGUUCGAGAAUGUCAGCCGGUUGGUCGACCGUCUGAAGGAAACACUUGACCAGUUUGGUUAUACUACCGUCAAGGAUGGCACUUCCUCGCACAAGCAAGUUGGUAUUGUGCGGACCAAUUGCAUGGAUUGUCUCGACCGCACUGGUGUUGCACAGUGUGCAUUCGGUCAAUGGGCACUCGAGCGCCAGCUUCAGAAUGAAGGAAUCUAUAUCGACCUAAGCAAAGACUCCUCAACGCAAUGGUUCAAUACGCUAUGGGCAGACAAUGGAGAUGCGAUCUCAAAGCAGUAUUCGUCGACUGCAGCCCUGAAAGGCGACUACACCCGCACUCGCAAGCGUGAUUACCGAGGAGCCCUCAACGACCUGGGACUGACACUUUCUCGAUACUACAACAACAUUGUCAACGACUACUUCUCUCAAGCUUGCAUUGAUUAUCUUUUGGGCAACGUGUCAACACAUGUCUUCGAUGAAUUCGCCAUGAAGUUACAAACCUCCGACCCGGGCAUCUCAGUUCAGAAAAUUCGACAAAACGCCAUCGACACCAGCUGCAAGAUCGUAAUCAGCAGUCCCGACGAAGAAUUCCUCGGCGGCUGGACCAUGCUGACACCCCGGCAACCCAACACCCUUCGCACACUUCCGUUCGAAGAAUCCGUUCUCCUCUUGACAGACGCAGCAGUAUACAGCUGCCGCUUCGACUGGGAAACCGACAAAGUACUCUCCUUCGAACGCAUCGAUCACCGCUCGAUCUCCCGCAUCCACUACGGAACAUACAUCACCUCCAUCCUGACAGACACCCAAGCCAACGAGCGUAGCAACGUCGGCCUAGUUAUCGCAUACCGGGACGGCGAUGAAAACGCCCUACGCGUCAACACGCGCUCCUUGCAGACAAGCGUGCGUCCCGCUGCUCUCGAAGCAACCAGUAACAAUGGCGAGUGGGACCUGGUGUCUUGGCUGCGUGGCACGAAACGUGCAACAACCCGCUUCGUUGCCUUUAAAUCAAUGCCUCUGUCAACCCCAGGGGCUAGCCCUCGUCUUGGGCCUACUGGAAUUGCCACCGUUAGAGAGCUUGAUCAGGUGCGGUCUAUCUGUCAGGAUAUUGAGCGUGCUAUGCUGGCGGGUGCGGGGCAAAAUGUUGAUUCGGUGUCGGUGGUUGAGCAGUCGGAUAUUAUAUCCUUGGCUGAUGCUAAGAAGCGUACUGGGAUCUUGGAGUAUCUCGUCUACGAUAUCAAGAAGAUGGUCUGGGCUUGA